UGGCGACAUGUUCCAUAGUUCUGCUCUAGUCAAUGCGCAGGCGCCGAACACUUUUGCCUAGCCUUUUCAGUUUUCAGUUUUCACAACAAGACUCUUCCCCCUCUGCAGUCUGCACUGCGACUCCUAUACUUACUCAAAACACGUGGUCCGGCGUUCAGUUGAUCGAGACUAUUAACGUCGUUCUGAAGUAAUAAGCUUCGACUUUUUUUAUUGUGUAUAUAUCUACUUAUAAGUGUAUUUCUUGCAAAAUUGUGAAAUAAAAGUAUCAAAAAUGUCAGCCAAAGAUUUCGACGUCAUUGUCGGCGGAACAACGGGGUUCAUCCAUGGAGUUAAUAUAUCUUCAACAACUAACAUUGUCAAGACAAUCCAAAAUCCAGCCUCGAACGACAACCACGGGGAGGUAUCUUGCAUGGAAUGGGAAAAUCUAAACGAACAAAAUAUUCUUAUAGGAUGUGGAAAAAACAAUGUUCGUAGCGUCAAAAUCUAUGAUACGGAAAAUCAUUCGUUAAGAACGUUAUUCGUCGCCGAUGUUGGUUUGGGUGCCAUCAGAGGUUUAGCUAAAUAUAAUGAACAAGUGCUUACAGCUGCUGAGUCUGGACAUAUCAAAUUAUGGAAUCACUGUGGAGAUGAAGAAUUUGUGCUCGAAGCAGGUAAAAAUUUAAACAGAAUGAGAAGGGCAUUUAUGCAAGAAAACAUCAUUGCAACAGGUGGAGAUGAAAAUCCCUUGAAGCUCUUCGACAUUGAAAGGCAAACUCAAAUUUUCACUGCGAAAAAUGUUCCAAACGACCAAUUGACACAACUGAAAGUAGAAAUCGGAAUUAAUGAUAUAGGUUUUAUAAACAACAGUGAGCAUAUAGCUACUGCUGGCAAGUACGGGCAUAUUCGGUUGUAUGAUAUCAAAGCACAAAGAAGACCAGUUGUAAACAUUCAAAUGAAUGGUGAUGAUAUAGCAAUAAAAGCUUUGGCAACUUGUACUCACGAAGAUAAACAUAUUAUCGUUGGUACAGGUAAAGGAAGAAUGAAUCUUAUAGAUUUGCGCAAACCUGGAAAAAUUUUAAAUACUUAUAAAGGACCUGCUGGAGCAAUUACUGCUAUUGCAGCUACUAACUUGGAAGUUGUUAGCAUUAGUUAUGAUCGAUACCUUUACGUUCAUAAUAUAAAAACCAAAGCACUGCUCAAAAAGUGUAAUCUAAAAUCAAAGUUAUCUGCAAUGGUUCUAAGGGCCCAGUUUUCUUCAGAAAAACCUCAAAUAAAAAAAGAAGUUACUGUCUCAGAUGAUGAUGAUGACGAUGAUGAUAUCUUUGAAGAUCUGGAACUGCAAAAACCUAAAAAAAGGAAGUGCAUUGAAGAUAUUGUCUGUAAUGGUGCUUCAAUAAAUAAAAAAAUUAAAAAUAAUAAAAAAGUAAUAAAAAAAAGUGCUGAACCAGACAGUGACGAUGAUAGUGACGAACUAGACACCGAUGAUAGUUUUAAUGGUGACUCAAGUGAAGUAAGCGAAUAAG